UUCCAUUUUUUUUUUCAGUCGCUCAGCCAAACAUGAGCGCGGCCGACAACAACAAUGGUGUUCCAGCACUCGCUAACGCCGGCAUCGUAGACAACCCAGCCAACGUUGCUCACAGUGACACUCGACCGGGUGUGUCGCCGACCACUCCAUCGUCCAUCAGCAUGGUCAAUGCCAAUGUCAAUGUCAACGGCAAUGACGGCAACAAUCGUCUUUCAGCCAAACGCCCACUUGCUAACGCCGAUCUCGUCGACGACCCAGCCAAUGGUCACGACGGCAACACUCGACCGGGUGGGUCGCCGACCACAUCAUCGACCGUCAACAUGGUCAAUGUCAACGGCCAUGACAAUGAUGGCAACCACCGAGACCGAGCGGUGAGUGCGCCGGGUGAGGGUGGCCGGCAGCGGAUGGGCGGGUCGGCGAAACGCGCGCGCGUGGAUGACAGCGACGACCACAUGUCCGACGACGACAACGGCGACGACCGCAGCGAUGGUGGCGCAGCCCCACACAGGACCAUCGACACGUCGGAUGGAGCCCAUGGCGCGUCGACCGAGGAGAGUGCGACGAGCGACCGAGCCAGCGAGGCAAUGGACGUCGACGAGCCAGACCGCAGCUUGUCCGGUCAGCUCGCUGAUGGCAGCGACGACGAUGACAGUGACGAUGGCAUCGGGAACUAUGGAUUCACGCACAGCUCUGAGGAUGAACACCAUGCUGAUUCCGACAGCGAUUCCAGCGACGACGAUGGCGAGGGCGUGCGAGAGAAACUGUUCGCCUGGCUUCAUUACGAACGACUGGCCAAGCGCAAUCCGCUUGAUGUUCUCAACGAGCUUGGGCUGCGCAUCGAUUUUGAAAAUGAUCAGACCGAGCCGUCGGAAGAGGAGCUGUGGAAGAUUGUGAUGGAGGCCGUUUUGCGCAUGACAGCGUCAGCACCUCGCAAGAAGCUGGAGGAUGUCAACACCAUUGACGACGUGGUUCGUCUCAUCAAGACAAGCAAGAAUAUCGUCAUUCUAAGCGGAGCAGGGAUCUCUGUUUCGUGCGGCAUCCCAGACUUCCGUUCCAAAGACGGCGUGUAUGCGCGUUUGCGAGUCGACUUUCCAACGCUCCCAGAUCCCCACGCCAUGUUUGACAUUGAGUUCUUCCGUUCCGAUCCACGACCGUUCUUCCAGUUUGCCAAGGAGCUCUUCCCGGGCAACUUCCUUCCCGCCGCGAGCCAUUACUUUAUUUCCAUGCUCGACCAGAAGGGGCAGCUUCUGCGAAACUACACCCAAAACAUUGACACACUUGAGCACGUUGCAGGCGUCAAGAACAUGCUGCAAUGCCACGGCUCGUUCGCGACGGCGUCGUGCAUGGUUUGUCACGCACAGUCCGACGGCAUGCUGAUCAAGGAGCAGGUGAUGCAACAGAUCGUGCCACGCUGCAGCCAGUGCGGGCCUGAGGUGGAGCAAGCAAUCAUCAAGCCCGAUAUCGUCUUCUUUGGCGAGCAGUUGCCGCAAGCCUUCCACGACUCGUUGAUGCAAGAUCGUCAGAAGGUGGAUUUGCUGAUUGUGAUGGGCUCGUCGCUCAAGGUGCAGCCUGUUGCCCACAUCCCAGGAUGCUUUGACGAGUCCGUUCCCCGCAUUCUCAUCAAUCGCGAGCCGCUGCCUCGUGUUGCAUUUGAUGUCGAGCUUCUUGGCAACUGCGACCAGAUUGUGCAAGAGUUGUGCGCUCGGCUGGGACCCGAGUAUGAUCUUCAGGCGUUUGCGGCAGACAAGGCGACCGAGACUUUUGGAUCUGCUCCAGCUUGGACGCAGCCGGGCUAUGUGGCCCCGCCAAGCACGAGCUCCAACGCGGAGGCUGGCACCAGCAUGGCAACAACGGUUUCGGUGGCCACCGAAGUCGUCGCGACGUCCGCCGAAACGGGCACGACAGAAGUUGUGGUAGCGACCGCCACCGCUGCUGUCACAGAGUCUGCAGAAGACGCUCCAGCGGCGACCGAGCAAGCAGAAAACAGCGAAGACGACGAGGACGACGAAGAGCAAUUGGGCGAAGAGGUUCAAGGCGUUCGCGAGCGGUUCCGGUUUGUUGCGCCGGCUCGCUAUAUUUUUUCAGGCGCCGAGUUGCCUGCUCCUUUCAAGCACUACCGCGGUGGCAGCGAUAGCGACAGCGGCAGCGACGAUGAUGAUGACGGCGACGACGAAGGCGACGGGAACGACGAUGGCGACGAGAACGGCGACGAGAACGGCGCCGACAUGGACGGUUCCGGCGAGCCUCACGACGACGGCGACGACGACGAUGAUGAGAAUGCCGAGGUCGACGAGCAAGGCGUGAAUUCUGAUUCUCAACACGACGAAGACGGUCAAGAGGAUCAAUCCGAUUGAGCGACGUUUGGGAGCGUUGAACGCGCAACCAACCACUUUCACUGUUGAUCCAUGUUAUUACAGCAUGCAUUCGUUUUUUGCCAUUGAUGCUGUUGUCUGUUUUGUUCUGGCUGACUCAGAGUCAGCUGCAUUUAUUCUCAUA